AUGGCUCGCUUCGGGGAGGCGGUGGCUGGCAGGCUGGGCUCCGGGGAUGGGGGCUCCGAGCAGAACCGCAGCCGGCAAGGAGCUGCUGCUCCGGCAGGAGGGUCUCCGGGAGCUUUCAAGCAAACCAAAGCGCAGCGAGCCCGGACUAUGGCUCUGUACAACCCCAUCCCUGUCCGGCAGAACUGCUUCACCGUCAACAGAUCAUUGUUCCUCUUUGGGGAAGAUAACAUAGUCAGGAAAUACGCCAAGAAGCUCAUCGACUGGCCUCCCUUUGAGUAUAUGAUCCUGGCAACCAUCAUUGCCAACUGCAUCGUGCUGGCCCUGGAGCAGCACCUCCCAGAGGACGACAAGACACCCAUGUCACGGAGACUGGAGAAAACGGAGCCAUACUUCAUUGGGAUUUUCUGCUUUGAGGCUGGGAUUAAGAUCGUGGCUCUGGGCUUUGUUUUCCACAAGGGCUCAUACCUGCGCAAUGGCUGGAACGUCAUGGACUUCAUCGUGGUCCUCAGUGGCAUCCUUGCCACCGCUGGAACACACUUCAACACGCACGUGGACCUGCGCACCCUGCGGGCUGUGCGUGUGCUCAGGCCUCUGAAGCUCGUCUCGGGCAUUCCCAGCCUUCAGAUUGUGCUGAAAUCCAUCAUGAAGGCCAUGGUGCCUCUCCUCCAGAUCGGCUUGCUGCUCUUUUUUGCUAUUCUCAUGUUUGCCAUCAUCGGCCUGGAGUUUUACAGUGGGAAACUGCACCGAGCCUGCUACACAAACAAUUCAGGUGAGCUGGAGGAGCUGGACCCUCCCCACCCCUGCGGGGUGCAGGGUUGUCCGCCGGGCUAUGAGUGCCGAGAGUGGAUCGGUCCCAAUGAUGGGAUCACGCAGUUCGACAACAUCCUCUUCGCUGUGCUGACCGUCUUCCAGUGCAUCACCAUGGAAGGGUGGACCACAGUUCUGUACAAUACCAAUGAUGCCUUAGGAGCCACCUGGAACUGGCUAUACUUCAUCCCCCUCAUCAUCAUUGGAUCCUUCUUUGUCCUCAACCUUGUCCUGGGAGUGCUGUCAGGGGAGUUUGCCAAAGAACGUGAGCGCGUGGAGAACCGCCGGGCCUUCAUGAAGCUGCGGCGACAGCAGCAGAUCGAGCGGGAGCUCAACGGCUACCGGGCCUGGAUAGACAAAGCGGAGGAAGUCAUGCUGGCUGAAGAGAACAAAAACGCUGGGACCUCAGCCUUAGAAGUGCUCAGGCGAGCCACCAUCAAGAGGAACCGGACAGAUGCCAUGAACCGUGACUCCAGCGAUGAGCACUGCGUCGAUAUCUCCUCCGUGGGCGAGCGGAGGCUGGCACAGAGGAGGCCUCUUCAUCCCACCUUGGGUAACCCUCUGAGUCGCUCUGGUCUCAAAGGAGUGGAUGGAGCCUCUUAUUUACGGCACAAGGAGCGGCUCCUGCGUAUCUCCGUUCGCCACAUGGUGAAAUCCCAGGUCUUCUACUGGAUUGUCUUGAGCCUGGUGGCUCUUAACACUGCCUGUGUGGCCAUCGUCCAUCACAACCAGCCUGCCUGGCUCACACACUUCCUCUACUAUGCAGAGUUCCUGUUUCUUGGGCUCUUUCUCCUGGAGAUGUCCUUGAAGAUGUAUGGGAUGGGGCCACGCCUGUACUUCCAUUCUUCAUUCAACUGCUUUGACUGUGGGGUCACAGUGGGAAGCAUCUUUGAAGUGGUUUGGGCCAUCUUCCGACCGGGGACCUCUUUUGGGAUCAGUGUCCUACGAGCCCUUCGUCUCCUGCGAAUAUUUAAAAUAACCAAGUACUGGGCAUCCUUGAGGAAUUUGGUGGUCUCACUGAUGAGCUCCAUGAAGUCUAUUAUCAGCCUGCUCUUCUUGCUCUUCCUCUUUAUUGUAGUCUUUGCCCUGCUGGGAAUGCAGCUGUUUGGAGGGGGGUUUAAUUUCAUCGAUGGGACACCAUCAGCCAACUUUGACACUUUCCCUGCGGCCAUCAUGACGGUGUUCCAGAUCUUGACGGGUGAGGAUUGGAACGAGGUGAUGUACAACGGCAUCCGCUCCCAGGGAGGCGUUCGCUCGGGCAUGUGGUCCUCCAUCUAUUUCAUCGUCCUCACCUUGUUUGGGAACUAUACUCUGCUGAAUGUCUUCUUGGCCAUUGCAGUGGACAACCUGGCUAAUGCUCAGGAGCUCACCAAGGAUGAGCAGGAGGAAGAGGAGGCCUUUAACCAGAAGCAUGCCCUUCAGAAAGCCAAGGAAGUCAGCCCCAUGUCUGCCCCCAACAUGCCUGCUAUUGAGCGGGAGCGGCGCCGGAGGCACCACAUGUCGGUGUGGGAGCAGCGCACUAGCCAGUUGCGCCGGCACAUGCAGAUGUCUAGCCAGGAGGGCAUCAAUAAGGAUGAGCCACCCCUCAUCAACCCACAUGCCAGCAUCUUCCGCCGCAAGAAACCAGGGGACGGUGUUGCCUUGGAGAAGUGCGAUGAGGAGCAAGGUGGCAAGGGAGAGCGGCCGCCAGCUGAAGGUCCCGAGCAGCCGGCCCCGGGAACCAACCCAGGAGGUGGGGAGGACAGGAGGAGCCCAUCGCCCCGUGCUAGGAGGGACAAAGAGAUGUGGCAACACAAAACGUGCCAUGGGAACUGCGAGCCGGGUGAGGAAGGGGCAGGAGGUGGCAUUGAGGAGAGGGCGCGGAUGAGGCAAAGCCAGCGGCGCAGCCGGCAUCGAAAAGCCAGGAUGGAGGGGAAGGAGCCGACUGGAGCCCUGGAGAGCCGAGCAGGUAGCCAGGAGAUGGGGCUGGAGGAGCCCUGCCCUGCAGAGGGGAUGCAGGAUGGGGAGCGGCGUGGGGAUGCUGCUGCAGCACUGGACCUGAUUCAGGGCGAGCCGGAUGCGAGUGGGGACCCCACCAGGACCAAUGGGGCUCCAAACGAGGAGGGAAGCCUCCCAGCAUCAGCCCCUGAGCCCCCUCGGGGGAUGGAGGGCAGCCUGGGUGAGCAGGACUGCAGCAGCCCAGACACCAGUGAGCAGGCCCUGCUUGGGGGGGCAGCACUGGGGGCCAGCCGCACUGUCAGCCACAGCGAGCCUGACCUGUCCUCUGUCACCGCCAACACCGAAAAGGCCACUGAGAGCACCACCAUCAUGAUUGAUGUCCAAGACUCCACUGUGGUACAGAUUAGCAACAAGACCGAUGGAGAAGCCAGCCCCUUGAAGGAGGCUGAGAGCAAAGAGGAUGAGGAGGAGAUGGAGAAGAAGAAGCGGAAGAAGGAGAAGAGCGAGACAGGCAAAGCGAUGGUGCCACACAGCUCCAUGUUCAUCUUCAGCACCACAAACCCGGUGCGCAGAGCCUGCCACUACAUCGUGAACCUGCGCUACUUCGAGAUGUGCAUCCUGCUGGUCAUCGCCGCCAGCAGCAUCGCCCUCGCGGCUGAGGAUCCCGUCCUCACCAACUCCGACCGUAACAAAGUGCUGAGGUAUUUUGACUAUGUUUUCACUGGUGUGUUCACCUUCGAGAUGGUUAUCAAGAUGAUCGAUCAGGGCUUGAUCCUGCAGGAUGGCUCCUACUUCCGAGAUCUCUGGAACAUCUUAGAUUUCAUCGUGGUGGUGGGAGCUCUGGUGGCCUUCGCCUUGGCGACCAACAAGGGUCGGGAUAUCAAGACCAUCAAGUCUCUCCGUGUGCUGCGGGUCUUGAGGCCCCUGAAAACCAUCAAGCGGCUGCCGAAGCUCAAGGCUGUCUUCGACUGCGUUGUGACAUCCCUCAAGAACGUUUUCAACAUCCUCAUUGUCUACAAGCUCUUCAUGUUCAUCUUUGCUGUCAUUGCUGUCCAGCUCUUCAAGGGGAAGUUUUUCUACUGCACUGACAGCUCUAAGGACACAGAGAAGGACUGCAUAGGGAACUACGUGGACCAUGAGAAGAACAAGAUGGAGGUGAAGUGCCGGGAGUGGAAACGACAUGAGUUUCACUAUGACAAUAUAAUCUGGGCGUUGCUCACCUUGUUCACAGUCUCCACUGGUGAGGGCUGGCCCCAGGUGCUGCAGCAUUCGGUGGACGUGACGGAGGAGGACCGUGGGCCCAGCCGCAGUAACCGCAUGGAGAUGUCCAUUUUUUACGUUGUCUAUUUUGUGGUCUUCCCUUUCUUCUUCGUCAACAUUUUUGUGGCUCUCAUCAUCAUCACAUUCCAAGAGCAAGGAGACAAAAUGAUGGAGGAGUGCAGUCUGGAGAAGAAUGAGAGGGCCUGUAUUGACUUUGCCAUCAGUGCCAAGCCCCUCACACGCUACAUGCCCCAGAACCGGCACACCUUCCAGUACCGGGUCUGGCACUUUGUGGUCUCCCCAUCCUUUGAGUAUACCAUCAUGGCCAUGAUUGCUUUGAACACUGUGGUGCUGAUGAUGAAGUACUACUCUGCUCCAUACACCUAUGAGCUGGCCUUGAAGUACCUGAACAUCGCUUUCACCAUGGUGUUCUCUUUGGAGUGCGUCCUUAAGAUCAUUGCUUUUGGCUUUCUGAAUUAUUUCCGGGACACCUGGAAUAUCUUUGACUUCAUCACUGUCAUUGGCAGCAUCACAGAGAUCAUCCUGACGGACACCAAGCUGGUGAACACCAGCAGCUUCAACAUGAGUUUCCUGAAGCUCUUCCGGGCGGCUCGGCUCAUCAAGCUGCUGCGCCAGGGUUACACCAUCCGCAUCCUGCUGUGGACAUUUGUGCAGUCCUUCAAGGCUCUGCCCUAUGUCUGCCUCCUAAUCGCGAUGCUUUUCUUCAUCUAUGCCAUCAUUGGGAUGCAGGUUUUUGGCAACAUCAAACUAGAUGAGGAAAGCCACAUUAACCGGCACAACAACUUCCGCAGCUUCCUGGGCUCCCUCAUGCUCCUCUUCAGGAGUGCCACCGGUGAGGCAUGGCAGGAGAUCAUGCUCUCCUGCCUGGAAGGCAAGGGCUGUGAGCCAGACACGACGGCGACAUCUGGGCAGAAUGAGAACGAGCGCUGUGGCACCGACUUGGCCUACGUCUAUUUUGUCUCCUUCAUCUUCUUCUGCUCGUUCCUGAUGCUCAACCUGUUUGUGGCAGUCAUCAUGGACAAUUUUGAGUACCUGACACGAGAUUCCUCCAUCCUGGGACCUCACCAUCUAGAUGAAUUUGUCCGGAUAUGGGCAGAGUAUGACAGAGCAGCGUGUGGCCGAAUCCAUUACACUGAGAUGUAUGAAAUGCUGACUCUUAUGUCACCACCGCUAGGCCUCGGCAAGAGAUGUCCUUCCAAAGUGGCCUAUAAGAGACUGGUGCUGAUGAACAUGCCCGUGGCUGAGGACAUGACCGUCCAUUUCACCUCCACCCUGAUGGCGCUGAUACGCACCGCCCUGGACAUCAAAAUUGCCAAAGGUGGUGCAGAUUGGCAGCAGUUAGACUCUGAGCUUCAAAAGGAGAUCCUGACCAUUUGGCCUCACCUGUCCCAGAAGAUGCUCGACCUGUUGGUACCCAUGCCAAAAACCUCUGACCUGACUGUUGGCAAAAUAUAUGCAGCCAUGAUGAUUAUGGAUUACUACAAGCAGAGCAAGGCGAAGAAACAGAGGCAGCAGCUGGAGGAGCAGAAAAACGCACCCAUGUUCCAGCGCAUGGAGCCAUCCUCUUUGCCACAGGAAAUCAUCUCCAACGCAAAGGCUCUGCCUUACCUCCAGCAGGACACUCUCACAGGGCUGAGCAGCCGGAGCGGGUUCCCCUCGCUGAGCCCGCUCUCACCACAGGAGAUCUUCCAGCUGGCGUGCAUGGAUCCAGCCCAGGGGCAGUUCCAGGAGCACCAGUCUCUGGAGCCAGAGGUUAGGGAGUUUCAAAGAGUGCAGCCCUCUAACCGUGGCAGCUACCUUCCCGUGGACACUCAGGACCACGCUGUCUCUGGGAGGGCCUCCUCCAUGCCUCGUCUCACUGUGGAUCCCCAGGUGGUGACAGACACCAGCUCGAUGCGGCGGUCGUUUUCCACCAUCCGGGACAAACGCACCAACACCUCCUGGCUGGAUGAGUUCUCCAUGGAGCACAGCAGCGACAACACCUACAAGUCCCGCCGGCGCAGCUACCACUCCUCGCUCCAGCUCUCUGCCCGGCGCCUCAACGCUGACUCAGGCCACAGGUCCGAGGGGCACCGCUCGGGUGGCAGGGAGCGGGGCCGAUCCAAAGAGCGCAAGCACUUGCUGUCCCCUGACAUCUCCCGCUGCAACUCAGAGGAGAGGAGUCCCCAGGCACACGAUGAGUCUCCAGAGCGGCGGCGCGAGUCCCGGUCCCCCAGCGAGGGCAGGUCACAAACACCCAACAGGCAGGGAACGGGCUCCCUGAGUGAAAGCUCCAUCCCCUCCAUCUCGGACACCAGCACACCCCGGCGAGGCCGCCGCCAGCUCCCACCGGUGCCCCCAAAACCACGUCCCCUCCUCUCCUAUGCCUCCAUGCUGCGGCAUGCCGCCGGAGACGCCUCACCACCUCCUGACGAGACCGAAGGGGGGUCCCCGCUCCUCUCCAAGGAGCCCAACGCCGCCGGCCUGACCGAGUCUUCCAGCUCCCCAGCGGGGAAGCCGAGCCGGCCAUCCACCCCGCAGCGUUACAUCUCGGAGCCCUACCUGGCCCUGCACGACGACUCGCACGCCUCGGACUGCGGCGAGGAGGAGACGCUCACCUUCGAGGCGGCCGUGGCCACCAGCCUGGGUCGUUCCAACACCAUUGGCUCAGCCCCACCGCUGCGGCACAGCUGGCAGAUGCCCAACGGGCACUACCGGAGGCGGAGGCGAGGGGCUGGGCAGGGUGUGAUGUGCGGGGCCAGCAUAGAUGUGCUCAGCGACACCGAGGAAGAUGACAAGUGCUAGAGGCUGUGUCCCCACCGCUGCCGCCCCGCCGCCCUGCCCUCUCCAAUGCAUGCUCUUCGCCACGCCUGGGAAUGAAACGAAACCAAAACCAAACGCAAAGGGGGAAGUUAAAAAAAAAAAAAACACAACAAAAACGAAACAAACAAACAAAAAAAAAACC